CGUAAAGCACAGAACCGAGCUGCUCAAAGAGCAUUUAGAGAACGAAAAGAACGACAUAUGCGUGAGCUAGAAGUGUCUAUUAAACAAAUUCGAGAACAACGAGAUAAAUUACUAUCAGAAAAUGAACAAUUAAAGGCAGAUUCAGAAAUACUAAAGUCAGAAAAUUGGUAUCUCAAA